AUGGUACGGCCAAAAGUAUACGCGGCAAAUCGGAAGGCUUUCGGCGCAACAAGACACGCCGCCAGUCUCGGUGCACCGAGCCAGCCGUCUCGGUCUCCAGACGAAGCGAGACCGCCGUUUGGACCAACCGAGACCGCCGUCUCGUUUUCGCCGAGCAACGAGACCGCCGUCUCGUUGCACCGGACCAGCCGUCUCGUCCUGGAGGAGAAACGAGACCGCCGUCUCGUCCACCCGGACGGCGGUCUCGAUCCGGAAAUUUUCCCUAUAUAUAGGGGCGCGACUUUGGGCUUCCUCACAACUCCCCUUGCCUCCGGAACCUCCUCUCCCUCAACUCCUGCACUCCCAAGCUCCCUCUAG